AUGAUCUUCUAAAUUAUCAAAGACUUUCUAACUUCAAAUGAUAAUUUUUAUAUUAAUUUCAAAGAAACUUUGAAUUUCUUAUCACUUCUCCUUUAAUCAUAAUUACAGAUAUCCGAAUUGAUAUUCAAAUUGAAAGUGCUAUUUAAAAAAUUGGAGAAAUCCUAUAACUCAAUCAUUCCUUUAAUGUGA